AUGGGUAACUGGAUCGGUGGAAUUUCUGCUUUCAAUCGUACCCAUAUAACCUCGCUGAGUCUCUACAGCUAUAUGGCCUCCAGCAAUGCUAGGAUACAGACUGACCCACGUUCAUGGCUCGAACAUAAUAAGGGAGUUGGUCUGAAAGCUGGAUGUCUCAGACAUUGUUCAUCUCUGCUUGACUGGGAAGCCUCUGGUGCGAGAUUCUCAAUCAAAAUUGCAAUAACCACGCUUGGCCAGGCAGCUGUUGAGGCUCAGCCUAUACCCCUCGAGUUGCUCAGUUAUCCUAGCAGACGAAUUCUGGCAACAUCUUCCCGGGCCCACGUUCGAGCGUUUGAUCCCCAGCAGUAUACCCAACCUCUCUUUGGUGCGCUAGAGCCUUCGCGGCCGGCGUCACCCAGCAGGAACGGACGCACAGAUUUAACGGGUAAGACCGGUACAGGGUCAGUUCCCUCUCGCCCUCAGUGGUGA